GCGGCCGCCUCGUCCCGCCCCUCCCUCCCCGUCCCGCCCGAGCCCUUGGUGUCGUCCGGAAGCGGCGGGCGGCGCCGUGGGGGCGGACAAUAGCGGGGCGCCGGCAGCGGCAGCGGGCGGGCGGCGGUGUUGGAGCGCGGCGGGCCAGGAUGAACGAGGAGCAGUUCGUCAGCAUCGACCUGGACGAUGACAACGUGUGCAGCGUCUGCAAGCUGGGCACCGAGAGGGAGACGCUGUCCUUCUGCCACGUCUGCUUCGAGCUCAACAUCGAAGGAGUACCAAAGUCGGAUCUUCUACAUACAAGAUCUUUAAGGGGCCACAGAGACUGCUUUGAAAAAUUCCACUUAAUAGCAAAUCAGGACUGUCCACGGUCAAAACUCUCUAAAAGUACAUAUGCAGAAGUAAAAAAUAUCUUGAGCAAAAAAAUUAACUGGAUCAUACAGUAUGCACAAAACAAGGAUUUAGACUCUGAUACUGAAAGCUCAAAAACAUCCCAACAUCCAUUUUUUAACUUCAGACAUCAGACUGAUAGAAAAUUACUGCCACAGUUUGACUCCCCAGUACCUAGAUACUCUGCAAAAUGGAUAGAUGGAAAUUCCGGAAACAUUUCAAGCUGCUCACAAAGUCUUUUAGAACAAAGAGAAUCCUCUGAUUUCAGACUUGAUAUGUUACAAGAAACAGGUGCUACGUUCUGCUGCAAUAGUGUUUUGUGGUCUAAUCACAGCCAAGCCCAGAAACCUGAAAAAGCUGAAAGUGAUUCAUGCACUAGUGUUCCUCAUCACAGGCAUCCUCAUUACAGCAGGGAAGAAUUGAACACGAUGACUCCCGGAGAGUUAAAGCAACUUAAUGAAAAACUUCUCAAGCAAAUCCAGGAUGUGUUUGAGGAGCUGACACAGCAAGUCCAAGAAAAGGACUCUUUGGCCUCAGAACUGAAUGUCCGUCACAUUGCUAUUGAGCAGUUGCUGAAGAACUACUCCAAAUUGCCAUGUCUACAAAUGGGACGUGCAGGAAUGAAAACAAAUGUCCCCAUAUAAUGGGGAUACAACUCGUAUCCCCUGUAUAGCUAACUUUCCCUGGUGUCUUUGAGAACUGCUACACAAAUAUUUAGAAGCUUUUGAGGAAACUUGGGCAGCUUGUUCUUUGCAUUCCUAAUCCAUAAGAAGUCUUAUUCCACUUUGGUUUUAACAAAAUAGACAAAUAUCAUAGAUACUAAAAUCACUGUAGUAAGGCCUAUUCCCACUCUGGAUUUUUUUUGCCCAUAAUGACGCAUGAGCCUUGAACUGAAUUUUGUUUUGUUGAUAAUUAAAUUGUUUCUAACAAGGAAUGACCUGAAGCCUGUAAAUCUGCCUACUUUAUACAGAGGAAAAAAAA